AUGGCCGAAGUUGCUGCCGGGGCUCUGGUUGCAGAGCAGAUUGUUGCAACAGGCGUCGAAGUGGGAGCAGCAGUUGCCGUCGCUGCUCCAACACAGCCUUUGAAGGUGUCUCUUAAACAACUUGCGAGAGCGACAUCAGAGGACACUACGCGAGCCCUUGCCAGAUCCAACCAUACCAUUACCACCAUCGGUAACAAAGUCUACAUCUUUGGCGGCGAAGAUAUCGACGGCAAGCUUUGCAACAGCGAUGUCCAUGCCAUCUUGCUUCCGAGCAAAGACAACACCGGUGCCGAGAAGCUCCACGAUCACUACCCAGCAUUUCCUUUGAUUGAUGCAAAGACCGGUGAGACAUACAUACCCGCGCCUCGGACUAAGCAUGCCGCAUGUGCUUGGGGCAACUCGGUUGUCAUCCACGGCGGAUGCGACGAGCACGGUAACCCGAUCGAGGAAGACAACUGUCUCUGGCUCUGGGACACGGAGCACAUGAAAUGGACUAAGCUACAGGGCCAGACACAACUCGGCGUGAAGCUGGCGCCUCGCUACGGUCACCACAUCUUUGUCGACGACAAGCAGGAGUUUUUGAUCCUCCACGGCGGCCACACUUCAACCUCAGGCGGCAGCCAGCCGGAGACAGAGACAUGGCUCUACAGCUUCGACCGCAACGCCUGGACUACCCUCCCCAAAUCACCCUCUCCUCCGCUCGCCGCCGUCUACACCGACAACACCCUCUACACCAUCAGCGCCAGCCCGGACGCGCCCAAUCUCAGCGGCACCAUCAACUACCUCGACCUGCUCAAGUCCACCACCGACCGCGAGAAGCCCGGCGCUUUGGUCUGGCAGUCCAUCACUUACCCCAUCAACCCGCUCACGCCCGGUCCGCGACCGCGCUUCGGCGGUGCUUUGGUGCCCAUCACUACCGGCUACGGCCGCUCCUACCUGAUUUACAUGUUCGGCAUAUCCUCUGACGCCGUCGGCGAGUCCAACGAGGCUUUACUGGAAGAAGAGAAAUACUACGCCGACAUCUGGUCCCUCCAGCUUCCGUCGCACGGGUAUACCGCCGCUGCGGCCAAGGACGUGAUCCGCGACAAGCUGAUGCCGAAGGGGAUUGAGUCGGGCAAGUUCAGCUGGGCGGAGGCGGAACUGGUGGCCACUGAGCAGAAGGCGGAGCUAGAGGAGGGUAAAGUGCAUCCUGGCCCGAGAGGGUUGUUGGCUGCGAGUGGUUGUUUGGAGGGGAAGGGGGUGGUGCUUUGGGGAGGAGUUAAUCCCAAGGGAGAGAAGGAGGCGGAUGGGUGGGUGUUGGGGUUGGCUUUUGGGUAUGCUGAUAGUGAUCGGUUUGAGUAG